CAGAAUGCAAGCAUCAAAUUGACUUUAGAGGUUUUAGAUGCGUUUGAAAAUGAAAAGAUUUACUUUCACUUCAUCAUGACGCUGGACUUCAAAUCGCUUGAUAUACUUCUCACAAGUCUUAUGAACUGUGUCAUAUGUGCAUUAUGUCCAGUGAUUACCUGACAAUUGCCCCAAGUGAUGACCAGGCAGCAGCAGAGACUGUACAACAAUCAAACAUUCCUCAGGGAAGUCAGGAGAUUAUCAUUGAUGGCACGCCCCUCCAGAUUCCUGCAGGGAAUUACCGAACAGAAGUCUUGGAGGAUGGAACAGUACAAGUCAUAGUGUACCAGGAACCAGUCAAUCAGACACUUAAUGAUAGUGUUACUCAGCCAUCACAGACAAGUCCAGUUCUUUUUCCAUUGGAAACAGAGGUAAAAGGUCGCCGUAGCCAUGACGUCGGCAUACAGAACACAACAGUGCCACACUUUAACACAUACAGCUUUGCAGAGCAGGGCACCCAGACAUUUUCUUUGCCAGAUCCACCACAGGAAAUACUUCAGCCCGAGCUGGAAGAUGAGAUAAUAGAAGAGGAAUUACUUUCUCCACUUCCUGCCAAGAGAAAGAGAGGAAGACCCCCCAAGGCUCAAGUCAUCCAUAAUCUUACAGUUACUGGUGAUGGGAGCAAGGUCAACAAAGGCACCAGGUUACUGCCCUAUCACAAGUGCACCAUCUGUGGUAAAUGCUACAAAAACAAAGCUAACUGGACGGCUCAUCUCAAGCUACACAACAAGGAGGAGGUCUUUAUGUGUGGAUUCUGUGGACAGAUAUUUCAGAAAACUGCAUUCCCACAGCAUCUCAAAACUCACAGGAAAGAAAAUGUUAGCAACGAAAACACUGCCCCAUCCAAUAUGGAUACCACUAAUGCCAAUUCCACAGGAAGUCUCUCCAACCAUUCUGUACAUGAUGAGGUCAAACAAUCAACUCCCACCAAACAGACAGGAGUGCUGAAACCUGCAUCCACAAUAUCAACCAAACUAGACAUCAGAACUGGAGAUCUGGACCAGCAGAAAGAGGUAGUUGUACAAAGCCACCAGGUAACCCUUCCCAAUCAGCAGGUAGCCACGGUCAUAGACCUGGGGAGCCUUGGAAAUCUGCUGACAUCUGGCAACAACCAGAGCCAGCUGGACAUGAACAAGGAUGGUGAUCCAGACAAUUCGCUGGAGGGAAUGGAAGGGGAGAGUGAUGAUUCUAAAACUAAAUAUAUAUAUAAAUGUAAUGUCUGCGGCAAGGAGUACAACAACAAGAGCAACUGUCACCGCCACCUUAAAACUCACACCCACGAGAAGACGUACAAGUGCCCGGCUGAUGGAUGUGACAAGGUUUACAUGCAUAGGUAUGAACUUCGCAUGCACAUGAGAAUUCAUACUGGUGAAAAACCGUUUAAGUGUGCUGUCUGUACAAGAGGAUUCAAUGAAGGCGGAAAUCUUAGACGUCACAUGAAGAUCCAUGCAGGAGAUGACACCCCAUACAAGUGUGGGGUCUGUUUUAAAGGCUUUAGCGAGAUGUUCCGCCUGCAGGUCCACCUUAAGGUACACAGUGGGAAUAUAGUGUGUGAUACAUGUGGAAAGAAGUUUGGUAAGAUCUCAGACUUAUACAGACACAUUCGUAUUCACACUGGAGACAAGCCGUACAAAUGUGAUGUCUGUGGGAAAGCCUUCUGCCAGAAAGUCAAUCUACAGACCCACUACAGAACACACUCAGGGAAAACUCCAUUCAAGUGCACCCUCUGUAACUUUGGCUUCAGCAAGAAAAGUAUUCUGGAAAAUCACAUGCGAGGCCACGAACCAGAGGAGAUUGAGCAGCAUGAGAUGAACUUGAAAAUGCUGGAGGAAACGGAUGAGGGGGUCUCCAUAAAACAGGAGCCCCGCACGCCAGCCCCGCCCCCCUUGGAGGACAUUGAGGAAACAGCGCCCCAGCAGAUGGAGGUUAUGACCUUGGAUGGUAAGACUGGCCUGGUAGAGGUCACCCUGGAGAACCAAGAAUCGGAGACCGGACUGAGUCAGGAGGAGCUCGCCCAACUGGUGGCUGCCACGGUGGAGGAAACGGAGGAAUCAGGACGAUCUUAACCACAGUGAAUGAAACAAGAAAAUAGGAGUCAAUCAUAACCAUGGUGGAAGAAACGGAGGAAUCGGGACGAUCUUAACCACUGUGGAGGAGACAGAAAUUGGGGACAAUCAUAACCACGGUGCAUUAGAGGAAUCGGGACAAUCUUGGAGGAAUUCGGAUGAUCUUAACCAUGGUGGAGGAGACAGAGGAAUUAGGUUGAUGUAAACUGCUAGUGUCAACACACCAUGCAUUGGACACACAACAUUGAAAUACACGUGUACAAGAAUAUGACUUAAAAUCAAAAAUACCUAAAAACUGGGUGUGUAUGUAAUUCAUAAAAACAAAUAGAUGUGUGAUAUACCUGUGAUUUCUAGUGGAUUUACAAGAGGGGAACCUGGCAUAAAUUAAGAAAAUUCACUUCCGACUUUUUUUUACCCAUUUCCUUUCGUGAUGUUUUGACUUAUUUUUAUAAUCCUACUUACAUUGAUUUUGCUCCAUUUCAUAAAGGAUUGGACAGGAUUUCACCAUGCAAUGGUCAAAAUAAUGCUACAAGACUAUUGAGUGAUAUAUGUGAUUUCAUGCAAAAAUGUAAACAUUGUGAUACAUUUUCCCUAGAAAUUCAUGAUACUAUAUUUAGGGGAUGACAUAGAGAAACUCCAAAUUUGUGAAAAUAAAAUGAGUUCUGUUCGGAUUGAAAUGGUAGGGACAUGUCUGGUUUCUAACAAGCUAAGACUGAUUCAUGGCGACAGUAAAUACUCAUAGGUUUUAUUUCAUCAUUCAGCCUCAAGGAUUGAAUAGGACGGAAGUAUUAGUAGUUGGUAGACCAGAAAGUGGUCAGUUUGUGCAAGGUAGAUCAGAGGGUGUCUGGUUCAUGGUCAGUUCACCCGAGCAGAGAUUGGAGGGUGUCUGGUUCAUGGUCAGUUCACUCGAGCAGAGAUCGGAGGGUGUCUGGUUCAUGGUCAGUUCACCCGAGCAGAGAUCGGAGGGUGUCUGGUUUGUCAGUUCACCCUAACCUAGGUCAGAGGGUAUCCAGUUUGUGGUAUUUUCAUUUUACUUGUUCAGUUUGUUAUUUAUCAUAUUGGUUUUUCCUAGCCAUGUAUCAACAUUCAUGUCAAAGAUGAAGAAUUAGAAAAUAAGGGGUCACUUCAUUGGAAUGAAUGUGACCUGAAAUUCCUCCUCUGUGAUUUUUGUUUAUAUUAUACUAUAAUGUGAUUCAUAUUAAAGAUGUUUGAUUAUU